AUGUCAAUUAAAGAUUUAGCAGACAAAAUACGACCAAAAUAUAUAAUAUCCGACUGGGAUGAAACUAUAACUACAGAAGAUACAAUCCAAUAUGUUGGUGAAGUACCAUACUUAAAGAAUCCAAAUUUACAACCACCUUUUAAACAUUUUUCAGAAAUAUAUUACAACUCAUACAAAAACUACAAGUCUAAACAUAAAUUAGAUACAAUUGAUGAUUAUGUGGAGUUUUUAGAGGGCAUGAACCCUAUAGAAUCAAGCUCAAUUGAUCAGUUACAGCAGCAUAAAAUUUUCCAAAAUUUAUCAAAACAAGACUUUUUGAAUCAGUCAACUAAGAUAAAACUUCGACCUUCAGUGAUUGGAUUUUUUCAAAAAUGCAACUCACUAAACAUUCCUGUAUAUAUAUUGAGCACAAAUUGGACAAGUUUAAUUAUAGAGGAUAUUUUAACGACUCAAAACAAUUUAGAACUUGCUGGUGUAAUCACUAACGACUUUGUAUUCCAAGAUGGUAAAACCACCGGAAAUUGGGACACUACUAGAGAUCAAAUUAGGACGUCAGUUGACAAAUUGAGCUUUGUCCAACAAUAUAUAGAGAAAGACUCUGACAAAAAUGAUAUCAUGUAUAUAGGUGAUAGUACAAACGACUUGUUACCAAUUUUAGAAGUUGAUUAUCCUUGUUGUAUUAAAGAUUCAAAAUUAGAUACAAUUCUUGAUGAUUUCAAGAUUGAUCAUUAUAGUGGAGAUUGGAAAGAAUUUAUAGAUCUAAUAGAUUAA